AGAACAUGACACCGUGCAUUGAUGAGGCUCAGCCUUCAAUUCAGUACAUCUUUCAUGCCGUUUGCCCAUUUCUUUGACAACCGCUGAUGCAGAUCCAAAAACUCAAAUUCUUUUUCUCCAUCUCGCAGCUAAUAUCCAUUACGAAAUCAGAGGCUGAGGACUCUUGUCACAAUGCCUCGGCUCGGCUAUUCCAAGUCACGGACAGGAUGUGAAUCGUGCAAGCGGCGGCGGGUCAAGUGUGACGAGAAUCGACCAUGCAAUGCAUGCUUAAGGCAUGGCGUGGAAUGCAGUUUGCUUUCAGCCCCGACGCAAGGUCCACGAGUCACUCAGCGACCAAAAUCACAGACACUCACAAAAACCGCAUCUCGGCGCAGGCAGUCCAAACCAAAACCGGUUAUACAAAUCACUCCAACCUGGCAGCCAGAUCCAUUCACCUCCACCCUCCAUGAGCCAAUCAGUGAGGAUCAGAACGAGAUAGGCGCACUCUGGACUACAGAUUUGCAGCUCAUGCAUCACUGGACAGCUGUAACCUCUCUUACCCUUCCAAGAGCAAGCGAAGUCAGCCGCAUCUGGCAAGUUACGGUAGCUCAGCUCUCCUUCCAGAACGAACCACUCCUACACCAAGUUCUCGCCACUUCAGCAUAUCAUCUAGCAUAUCUGAACCCCACUGAGCGAGUCGCAUACUCUCUUGUGGCUUCAAAACACCAAAACGACGCAUCUCAGGCUUUGAGACACGCCAUAAAGGAUCUUUCCGUCAACAACUGCGACGCCUCAUUCGCAGCUGCGUCUUUAGUACUCAUUGGAUCCUUUGCUUCUCGAGCAGUGCAUCACUAUGAAGGCCCCGCUCCUAAUAUUGGGGACAUGAUUUACAUAUUCAAGUUGGCAAAGGGCAUGAAUCAGGUCUUGUAUGCAUUUCAGAACGUGAUUCAAAGUGGAUGCCUCGGAGAUCUAUUCAUGCUGGCGGGCAAGCCUCCGAGAAGUGUGUCCAUGGAGAGGAUUUGUGAGAAGCUGAGCGAGCUGCAAGAAUUUCUGAAGACUGAGCACAUCGACCAAACAACUGGGGCCAUCGUCGAUAUUGAAGCGCAUCAAUUUAUUGAAGGGAUACAGAACGCUGUCCAGACCGCCCAGGUUCCUCAACUCAGAAUGACAAUGACAUGGCCGAUCACCAUGUCGGACGAGUUCUUAUGGUUGUUGGGGGAGAAGGAUCCUUCGGCGUUAGUAUUGAUGGCAUAUUAUUGCCUUUUGGUGCACGAAACCGUGCCAUACGCUUGGUACACAGCUGGUUGGGGGGGUAGCGUUGUUAGUGAUAUCGCGACACAAGUUUCAGGGCCUUGGUUAGAAGCGAUACAAUGGCCCCUCGAAAGGAUAUUGAAUAGUUCAUCUUGAAUAGGAUAGGUUGUUGCCUAGGGAAACAUAGUUAAAGAGACAAUGGUCUAAAGAUGAA